CGCCAUUCUAUUUCAAGAGACUGAGCACGAGGGGAGCUCAUCCGGCUCCUCGUGCGAAGGCGCGGUUCCGAGCACGAUCUGCCCGCGCCGCCCAGUCCGCCGGCUGCGGAUGCGUUUAUCUCAGCCGGGAGCUGCGUUUGAACCUCCCGCUCCGGCCUCUCCGCGGAGCGGGGCGCCGCGCCCCCUCGCGGCGUUAGGGCGGAACGAUGGACUGCGGCGCAAGCGCAUACUGUGACGGCGCGCGGCGGCGGCGGCGGGAUGGACGGGGCGCGCGCGGGGCGUACGGCGGGGUUGGCGCGCGCCGUGCUGGAGCGGGCGCGGCGGUGGCGGGAGCGGGAGCGAGCGGCCUCGGCCCCGGAGGAAGACGCGGAGCGGCUCAGCGCUGCGUUCGCUUCCGUCAUGAGUUUCAUGGCCCAAGCCACGCGGGAAUGCGAGAAGUACUACAGCCUUGUGCCGGCCUGCAGGUGCGGAGAGCACGAAGUGAGACACAUCUGCAGGUACCACGGCCGGCAAGCGGGAGAGGAAGAGCUGCAGUCUGCCGAAGACAAGAAAAGUGCAGCUUCUGCAGCGUCCAGUCAAGCUAGAACUUGCCAGCAACGUACCAAGAAAGCUUCCAAAGACAUCUACAUUGAAGUCUCUCCUGGCAUUUAUUCUAUCACAGCAACCUCUGAGGACAUGGUGAAACAAACCCACGUGGUGGAUGUCAGUGCUGGACAAAGCAUUGAUUUGACUUUUGUGCUAUGACAUUUAUCGUUUGCUGGCAAUCAUGGGAAUAAAAUACUAGGAUUUUCUAAAGCAUAUAAUGAAUUAUGUGUAACUAUUUCUUAUUAGCAUUUUAAUACAAUUCUCUUCUUUGGGAGUCCAUUUUUAUGGCCUGUAUAUUUAUUUGCUAACUUAGUGCAAUUGUGUGCAACCCACUUUGUACACUGAUUUUAUAAAUAUUUGUACAUUGUGUCUCUUAAUUCAAAUCAUGCGACUAUGUAUUUCCAGGUUCUUAAGCUUGAAACAAUUAAAGAUACAAUCAGUGGAAUAAAUACAUAGUUUGGUCUUUGUGAUGCCUGCUUCUUUUGUAUUACCCUCAGGCAGAAAGUCCAUGUCAUGUUCUUACCCACAGAGAACGAGAUCCCAGUGGUGUGAAUGCAGACACAUACACCAUCUCUGGCACUAGUUCUAGAGCAGCUGACCAUCCGUCUCAAGUAUAUUUCCCUUAUCCACAUUUUUAUAAUUCUGAUAAAGAAACAGAAUGCCAUUUGGGGUGCAUUUUUUAAUGGUCAGCAUGGAUGAUCUUUCCCACUCUACUCUGCCCUGGUGAGGUCACAGCUGGGCUCCCCAGUUCAAGAAAGACAGGGAUCUCCUAGAGAGAGUCCAGCACAGGGCCACAAAGAUGAUGAGGGGCCUGGAGCAUCUCCUGUAUGAGGAAAGGCUGAGAGACCCGGGGCUGCUCAGCCUGGAGGGGAGAAGACUGAAAGAGGAUCUUACCAAUGCUUAUAAGCAUCUGCAGCACAGGAAUAAAGAGGAUGGGGCCUGGCUCUUUUCGGUGGUGCCCAGCAAUGGGCACAAACUGGCACACAGAAGUUCCAUCUCAACAUGAGGAAAAACUGCUUUACCGUGAGGGUGACAGAGCACUGGAACAGGCUGCCCAGAGGUUGUGAAAUCUCCUCCUAUGGAGAUACUCUAAACUACUGACAAACUUCAAAUCCUGUCUCUGCAGGCUCUAAACUAGGCUUAGAAUCACCUAGCUACCUUUUUCAGUAGAACACAGUUAAUAUUAGUGACAUGCUCUAUAUAGUCUGCAAUCCUGUUGUAGCUGAUGGCAUUAAGGUUUCAGUUAAUGUUGAGGAGAAUAUAAAAUUCAAUGGCUUGAACACUGCACACAGAACUGUGUUAAGCUAUAUAUUCCUUAUUCUCUGGUUUGCUUUAAUACUGAAAAAAAUAAUAAUAAUAAAAAUUGGGGUUGUCAGGUUGUAUAAUUUCUCUG